AUGGCGCUGAUGGCGCAUCACUGUCAUGUUGGGUCAUUUCGAGGGUUAGAUCCGUUUUUGACGUUAACGUUGUCAGGAGCAUAGUUUAAUUUUUAAUUAUCCACCACUGUGCGAAACUUACGCGCUAUGUGAAGCUUCCGAAUUUUGUAUCGAAGCGACUCGAGACAUUUGUCGAUCGAGGCGAGGCGUUGCGGACUGUCAUCUCGAGCGGCGCGAAGAGAGGUUAGAUUUAUCCGCGACUCGUGGAGUAAUAAACAUGUCAGACAAGGAGACGACGAACGACGAGAUCCAGGUGAUAUCUCAAAGGCUCCAGACCGUCACGACCAACGAGCCGGCGUACAACAAUGCUCAGCCACAGCAGCAGCAGCAGCAGGGAAAGAGUUCGCGAAAUAAAAACAAUAAUAACGAUGCGACGGCGCGUCAACCUGCGGAUAGCAAAAAGGCCUCCGCCGCCGCCGCCGCCGCCGCCGCCGCCGCCGCCGCCGCCGCCGCCACCAUCACUACGACCGCAGCGGAUGAUUACGUCUUCGUGAGGAACGUGCCCGAGCUCAAUCUACCCGAGAAGAUUCUAUUUGUCAUCGACACGGUGAGGGAGCAGCAGUGCACGCCCUUCAAACUGGGCACGGGCGCGACGUAUCCGCCGCUGUUCAUGAUAAAACGCGUGGUGGAGAACUUCGUCGGCGCCAAGUCCACUAUACAGCCCGGGGUGCACGAGUACGCGCUGAUGAGCCUGGAUUCGCGCGGCGCUACCUGGCUCUGCGACUACACCAGCAACACGAAGACCGUUCUCAAUCAUCUGGAGGGCAUCGCGGAGGACGUGCCGGACGAGGAGCGGAAGACCUGCGACCUGGGGCUGCUGUUCGAGGUGAUACACACGCGGAUAGCGACGCCGGUUAGGUGCCAGCCGACGUUCACCUCGCGCGUGAUCCUCAUUUACGGACGCUCGAAUUCCGUCCCCAAGUUCCACACCGGGCAGAAGCUUCUGGAGAACCUGACGGAGAACCCGUACUUCUUCCUGGACGUGCUGUUCGCCCACGAGCCGCCCAGCGACGACAACAUGUGCGAGGCGGUGUACGCCGAAAUCGCGGCUCUGGACACAACGAGUUUCUCGUAUAUCUUCGAGGUAGGCAGGAACGCUGCUAAGAUACACGACAAUAUGGCGAAACUCCUGGCGCAUCCCCUGCAGCGUCCGCCACAGAAGGACGCCUCGUAUACUCUUUACUCAAUGACAGCCAACCAGGAAGUGCAUACUAAUGUAUAGUGUCAUGUACAUUUUUUUUUAGUAAGUAAUUUAUUUUUAUGGAAAAAGUUUACGUAUUCUUCAGAUCAUCAUUAAUAUACGAUAUAACUCGAAAGGAAUGUACUCGAACAUUUUUUUAAACAACUUUAUUUAUGUUUAUUAGAGAAGAUAUAGCAAGGAAGAUAGUUAUAUGGUAUAUAUUGUUGUUCAAACACUAUCAUCAAAUAAAUAAAAUCAUUUUUAUAUA